CGGAAUCAACAACUAAAAUCCUCAGGUGCAACCUAAAAGCCUCAAAUUUUAAAAAAAUCUGAGUGACCUAAUUGCAAUAUCCAUUCAUCCCAGACUGAAAAUUCUAGGUUUUUUUUUUAUUAUCCUAAAAAUAACUUCUACCUGCCCUCUUUUUCCAUCGUGAUUGUGCAUUUCAAGAAACUCAAAUUCAUUUAAGGGUUCGCGCAAAGAAUCAAUGGGUCGUUCUCGUGGAAAUUUUCACCCCGCCGAUGAGGAUCCCAACCAAAGGUCAAGGAGAAAAAAGAAUGCUGCCAGUGGAGAAAAUUCAGAAUCUGGAGCAGCAGGUCAAGGAGCAAGUGAAGGAAAAAAGGCUUUGUACCACUGCAAUUAUUGUAAUAAAGAUAUUACAGGAAAAAUCCGUAUUAAGUGUGCCAUGUGCCCGGAUUUUGACUUAUGUAUAGAGUGUUUCUCUGUUGGAGCUGAGGUGACACCCCAUAAAAGCAAUCAUCCUUACAGGGUUAUGGACAAUUUGUCUUUCCCUCUUAUUUGCCCAGACUGGCAUGCAGAUGAUGAAAUUCUGCUUCUCGAGGGAAUUGAAAUGUAUGGCUUGGGAAACUGGACAGAAGUUGCUGAGCAUGUUGGGACAAAGAACAAAGAAGCAUGCAUAGAACACUAUAGGAAUGCAUACCUGAAGUCCCCGUUCUUUCCUCUUCCGGAUAUGUCUCAUGUUGUGGGGAAAAACAAAAAUGAUCUUCUUGCCAUGGGAAGGGGGCUGGGCGAGGACAAAAAAGGAAUUUCCAUGGCGGAUCUUAGUUUAAAAGAAGAUUCUCCCUUUUCUCCAUCUAGAGUCAAAGUUGAAGAUUCCCAUAAAGUUGGUUCCUCUGGCCGUUUGCCUUCCAGUUCAAAGUCAGAGUCAGAAUCUGCCCCCUCUGGUAUCAAACAUGCUGCAGCUGGUGCUAACCAGAAGGCAUCUAAUGUGUCCCGUGGAAAAGGUGGUCCUGGAGUCAUUAAAAUGGAAGAUUCUCUAGCAGACAGAGAUUUUGGAGGAAAGAAGCCAAGUUCCUCAGGAAAUGAAGGCUCCUCUUUAGUAGAAAUGAGUGGUUAUAACCCAAAAAGACAGGAAUUUGAUACUGAAUAUGAUAAUGAUGCCGAACAACUACUCGCUGACAUGGAAUUUAAGGAUACUGACACUGAGGAAGAGCGAGAGCUGAAACUACGUGUAUUGCGUCUAUAUUCAAAAAGGCUUGAUGAAAGAAAACGUAGAAAGGAUUUCGUACUUGAAAGAAACUUGUUAUACCCAAAUCCAUUUGAGAAGGAUUUAACACCUGAGGAAAAGACAAUAUGUCGGAAAUAUGACUGGUUCAUGCGCUUUCAUACCAAGGAAGAGCAUGAGGAAUUGCUUAGAACAGUUAUCUCUGAGCACAGAACUCUUAAAAGAAUCCAAGAGCUUAAGGAAGCCCGGGCUGCUGGUUGCCGCAAUUCAGCUGAAGCGGAUAGAUAUCUGGUACAUAAGAGAAGAAGGGAAUCUGAAGAAAGUGCUCGUAGGGCUAAAGGUAGUGCUCAGGUUGGCCCAAGUAAUCAGGGGGUUCCGAAUGCAUUAUUGUCUCCAGACUCUGCUGGGAAGGAUUUGAGUGCAAGACCUACGGGGCCUGCUACUUCAAGUUCUGUCAAUGAAAUGGAUGUGACGGGAUACUAUGGGGCAGAUUUACUUUCUGAACCUGAAAAACGUUUGUGCUGUGAUAUGAGGUUGCCGCCAGCCAUUUAUCUGAAGAUGCAAGAGCAACUGUCUCUACAAAUACUUGGUGGCACUGUCUCUGCUAAAUCGGAUGCUCAUCAAUUGUUCAAGAUGGAUACCAUCAAAAUUGACAGGGUCUUUGAUAUGCUCAUCAAAAAGGGAAUUGGUUCACCCUGAGACGUCUAAUGCUGCUUCUGAUGUGGCACUUCAUAACCUAUUAGUCUCUCUUCUAGCCUUCCCUAAUCGAAAUAAAUUGCUGCUGUUAUAUAUAUAACAUUUCUAGAAAUUUUGAAGUAUAGUAUCAAGCUUUAGUUAUGGGCAGAGCUAGAUAAAAGAUGUACUAUCCACACGAGUUAAUCAUUGUUCUAUCUGACUUUUGUGAUGCUCCUCCCCCGAUCCAACUCCUUGAAUAUGUACUGGGGAAUGGGUGGACAUUGGUGUGCGUACUAGGAUUCAAUACGGAAAUUAAAGACUCAUGGCAAGCUAAUGUUAAUAUGUUA